CCACUACCGAUCGUGCCCUUACCGCUGACCCCAGAGCUGGAGAGACCUUCGAUGGACAUCCCAAAACCACCAGACCCUUACAUACCAGAGGAGCCAAAUGUCUUCGAAAAGCCAUUUUUACCACCAAAACCCAUUCCUCAUUCGCCAAAAAUAUCCCCAUCAUCCAUCCCAAAUCCUAGUCCAAGCGUCACAACCAACAAACCUAUUGAAUCAGGGUAUCCAAAUUAUGGUGGGUACUUGUAUUCGAUACCAGGGUAUUCCGCUUUCCAACCAGUAUCGUACCCUCCAGUAGUGCCACCUCAACCUGAACCUAAUAUGUCUAAGGAUUUCGCACCAUUCCCAACUUCUAAAGAUCAGGAGGCUGAAAUGACUGAGGAGAUUAAAGAGAAACCGCAGACCGACUUCGAAGAACAUUUCACACCAGAAAUAAUCCCGGCAGCAUCAGCAUCGGAUGUAAACCAGACUGAAUCCAAAAUGAGCAUAACUUCGCUCGCACAGGGGUCGGGGGCGACUGUCACCAUACCGUCGCAACCAGUUGCUAAUAUAUCCACAAUUAACAAAGAAAUUAAAAAGAAGCCAGAACGCUUCAGUCUCAAAACAAGUAUACCUAUUAGUAAGAUCGAUAUGAAAUGCGUUACUCAACCAAUGAACCCGUCCGACACUUUAUUUCAAACUCCUAAAAAGCCGUCUUCAUAUAAUCCAAUGUUCACGAAAGAAUCUGGACCUAAAAUCGAGAUACAGAGCAAUAUCGUAAUAAAGUCGGCUAACAAAGACCCUGACGUUCGAUCUGAAGUACGACAAGAAAUCCGGCCAGAUCCGCUACCAGAAAUACGACCGGAUAUGCGACCAGAUUUGCGAACAGACAUUCGAACUGAGCUUCGUGCCGAAAUGCGAUCGGAACUGCGCGCUGAAAUACGACCGGACUUGAGGCAAGAAAUACGAUCGGAUCUAAGGCCCGAAGGACGACCAGACAAGCGUCCAGAUAUACGGGCCGAGUUGCGAUCAGAAAUAAGACCAGACCUACGGUCAGAAAUACGUCCAGAACUGAGGCCAGACAUUAGACCUGAACCUAAAAAUAUUCCCACUACAAGUAACAGCAUCACUACGCUUAUAAAUGCAGCUGAAGUUAUAAAUAAAAACGAAAACCAGUUUAGGAUUCCUGAUCCACCGCCAGACUUGCCAAAUGAUGCAAAGGAUCCAGUGCUGCAACCACGGCCUCUUUUUAACCCGCUUAACAUCGAAAGUAAAGUGAAUUUUCCCAACAAACCAGGAGAAAACUUUAACGAUCAGAAAAAUCAAAUAUUGCUUAUUCAAAACAAGCCCUCGAACUCAAAAAUGUUGCUCACCAUCCAGCAACAAAAUCCUCAAGUGUUAUUGCAGAGAACUAAUUUCGAUCCAAAAAACCUGCAAGCUCCUUCACGAUUGUCAAAUCAAAGCAAAAAAUGUAAAGAGGAAUUGAAUGAAAACACGCCCUCGAAGGUGGUCGCAUUAAAACGACUCCACCAGGAAAAUUGCGACGAGAAUGAUUUUGAAAAUUUGAUUACGGAAAAUCAAAUUUAUGGCAAUAAGAUAGUCGUGAAGGAGAAGUCCCAAGGAACGCUGCAGGAGCAAGAUUUAAAGAAAUCAAAAACAUCCGACAAACAGACGCAACAAGAUUCAAAAAAUGUUGUGUUACAACCAAAUUUUUUAUACGUAAGUAAUGUACAGUUCCCGGCAAACUUAAUGAUGAUUAAGAACAAUGGGAAGGUAAAUCAAAGUGCCGAAAGCAAUAAAAUGAAAGUAACUCAAAACGAAAAUAUAGUAACAACAGAGAUAAUAACGAACAGCCCCGACGUAACGCCGACCGCCAAAACCCAAAUACAAAACGUGAAUCUGAGUAAAGACCUACACGUGUUGAAGUCUAACAACAAUGUGAUACAAACAAUAUCCACAAAUAACAAGGACUUAGUGCUUCAGCCGAACCAAAAAGUUAUAAUGAACCCACAAAUCGUGUAUCAAAUGCCGAUGAUUGUCGAAUCAGAUAAUAAAAUAAACCAACCAACAUUAAUAAACAGAGAAUACCCAAUAAUACAAAAGCCAGAACAAAAACAAUUUGAGCAAAGUAAAAACGAUAAAGUGUUCAUAUCUUGCCCGUAUCAAGUUGAUUCUAAAUUGCAACCGAAAAUAUUUAUAACAAACAUAAGGCCGAAAGUGAGUAAAGUGGAAGAAGUGAGUUCGUUGGACUUAUACGAGAAAAGGAAGAGAUUGAGACGAUUGAAGUACCUUUCGAACCGCGAGUUUACUGCGAAGGAUGUUAAGAAGGACAAACCCGAUGGACUGAAGAAUAUAAUAACACCGGAUAAAAUGACUGCUGAAAUUUACAAAGAGUUUUCGAAUACAAAAAAGAAGAUUGAUGAGGGAAGCAGCGAGAGCAGUAGUGAUUACGGUGAAGACGAUCUUAAUGAAUACGCUGCUAUUAUAAAAGAAUACUCUGUAAAGACUGAUAAAGAAGAUGGUAAGGUUGAGUUUCUAGCGGGACUGAAGUUGGCCACACGUGACGCAUUCAAAGAUAAAAAGAUGGAGCUUCAAGAACGCAUUUUGAGGCUUGACUCAGUGGCGUCAGCAUACGUAUCAGCUGGAAGACUCGACAGACUUGCCCAGGACUCAGCGCUUCCCAUCUCCUCGCCACCACUGGUCACCCGAACCCCUGACAAGACUCAAUCGCCUGAGCCCCAGGAUGUCAUCUCCUUGCAUAAGAAGCAGAUGUUUCUGUCGCAAUUGAGGCUGGCGCAAGUCACAAACAAAUUUAAAGAAGAUUACGAAAGAACAUGGCGAGAGAUACUAAAAGAGAGGAAAAGGAGGAACGGCGUGACAGACGUAGAGGAGAACGUAAAGCAACGCAAGAUCCUGGAUCUGGACCCCAACAGCCAGCUCCAAUUGCUUACUGAAAUAAAGAACUCCGUCAAUGAGAAUAAUAACCGCAUCAAAAAGCACCUCGACUCUAUCUGCAGUGACAACGAAGACAGCAUCCGCGUCCUUGCCGAAAAGAACUUCUCAGAACUUAACAGACUGUCCAAAAUGGCUGACAGGAGCGUCAAACUGUUCAGCGGGCAGGACAUGAAGAAACGAGACCUGAACCCGGGGUUUGAUAGCGAAAACAUUCAAAAAGCCAGCGUAAUCGAAAAAUAUCAGCCCCCGAUAAAUAUACCUAGCAUUUCGAAGAUAAUUUCUUUGAAAUCGACGCAGGAGACGUGUGCAGUUGCGUCAAGUCAAGCGACGUCUAUGGACGAGCCGCAGAACUCAGCAGCUGGGGUGUCGGAGAUGUUCCAAGACAACGCCAAUGAGAAGACACGGGACUACGGCUGUCAGGUGGAAGAGUCGUGGCCGGGAUUGGAAGCCAUUAUAAAGAGCUACAGGGACUUUGACGCAGCACGAAGACGAGAGAUGGCCGACUUGCAGCGUCGCAACACGAAUCUUCGUGUAGAAUGUGCGCACGUGACCCGAUCAGCAUCCAGAGAGUCAGACAGAGCGCGGGCACUCCUCGCCGAACGUCAGAACCUCGCCGUGGAGGAGAACAACCUGCGCACCUCGAUACAGCGACUCCGCGCCGCCGUCGAGGCCAUCACCAACUCGUGAACUUCAUAAAAUUAUUCAAAUUAUGCAGCAUUCAGCUUGGUGACAUCAGUUAUGAUGGGGAGAAGGAUGGUCAGGAUAGAGAGAGAUAGGACAAAGGUAAUUAAUGUCAUGAAAAUGUAGGUAACUCGAUGAAUAUUAUUUUAUAUUCGUCACUUUACUGAGGUACUCUAGCUUCUAUUGUACUUACAUAUAACGCAUGUUUAAAACUAAAACAGUGGUGCCCACUUUUCCAUUUCUGGCGUAAAAAACACACAGAUCAUAUAAAGAAUAUACAGUGAGGAAAUCACGUUCCACUCCCUUAUUAUGUACCGCUUGGGGCAUUGGACCUUCCCUCUCCAAGCUACACCACUGCCUUAACAAUGAUAUCUUCUCUACAUUUUUUGAGAUAGUCAAUUAUGAUUGCUUAUGUAAUAAUAUAUCAAAAUAUUACGUGAAAUUUUACAACGCCUUCACGACUGUAUAGUUCCCUUAGAGGUAGGCAGCAACAUGUGCUGCCGCGUAAGUCUAUUCUUGAUUUACAAUCCACCUUACUAUUGUAUAUUUUAACCACGAUAAACUAGUGACUAUACGAAUAUUAACAGAUAGUGAUGUAAAUACUAUUAAAUGUUUUUUUAUUAUCGGAAUCCUAUGGCCCUAUUAUGAUACCAAGGAAUAUAAAGUAAUAAUAACAAUAUCAGCACUGUAU